AUGCCCCCUAAGACUUUAUUAGAGGACGCUACCAGAGAUCAUGAUAAUUGUAAAGAUUCUCGUUACCCAUUAUUACCAAUUCACAAUGGUCAGGUGAAAAUCUCCCCUAUACCUCCCAACAGUCGUCAAGUUCUUAGAAUAUGCAUCAAUUUAAAAGAAUUAAUUGACAAUAUCAUUCCAAUUGCAUUUGAUGAAAAUCUAAUCAUUUGUGAUAAUUCCCGUAUUUUAAAUGUCAAUGUAAUAAAAUUGGCUAGAGAAGCUUGUGGUGGCAACUUAAAAGAAGAGAAAUCAUACAUGAAAUACCAAGCUGUUCUUAUUUUUUGUUUACUAAAAGUUUGUGAGUGGUAUUGGAGCUUAGCAGAAUACGAAUUGUUUAAUGAAGAGUUACAUAAUUUGAGGGCCACUACUGCUCAAACCAUCUGUAAAAUUAUUUUAGAAGAAGAAGAACAAAUAGGUCAUUUUGAACAUUUGUUUAUUAACAUGUUGUGCCGCAGAUAUGUUAUAAAUGAAAAUGAUGAAGAUAGUGAUCCAAGAAGUGCUUUUGAAUUGGCGAGUGAUAUGCAUGCAACAAUUGUUAUUAGUAGUAGUGGAUAUCAGCGCUGUUUAAAAUGGUUAUGGAGGGGUUGGAUUGUCCAAAGUAAGACUGAUACUAGCCAAUACGAAAUUUGUGACACUAUUGGUAUAACUAAAAUAAAACCACAUUUUCAUCCGGAAAGGAUUAAGUCUCCCAUAUAUCAGAAUAUAUUGGAAAUUUUUUUCAGCGUUGUUUAUUUAAUUUUGUUUUCUAUUGUUGUCAAUUCCAAAGGCUCAGCAGCGGUGAGUCCAAUUGAUUUUUUUGAAAGUUUAUUUUAUAUAUUCACUGUUGGUUUUAUCUACGAUGAAAUAGUUAAAAUUUACCACGUAGGUAGUAAUUAUCUUUCAUUUUGGAACGUUUUCAAUGAUUCUAUGUACACUAUUAUUGUCAUUAGUGUUAUUUUCAGAUUUAUGGGGUUGUUUAAAUGUCCUGGCAAUCCAGAUAGUUCCCAAAAUGAAUAUUGGGAUAAAAUGGCCUAUCGUAUCUUAUCAUGCGUGAGCCCACUGAUUUGGUCUAGAUUAUUGUUAUAUCUAGAUUCUCAAACCUUUGUUGGCGCAUUAUUAGUCGUUUUGAAACAAAUGAUGAAGGAGAGUCUUAUUUUUUUUUUCCUACUAAUUUUGAUUAUGCUUGGAUUUCUACAAGGCUUUUUAGGGUUAGAUUCUGCUGAUGGUAAACGUGAAAUCACCGGUCCUAUAAUUGGGAAUUUAUUACUAACAAUUUUAGGAUAUGGUUCUUUUAAUACGUUUGAAAACUUCGCCUACCCAUACGCUGCUGUGUUAUAUUACAGCUACUGUUUUAUUGUCACCGUUAUUUUACUAAACAUUUUGAUUGCUUUGUAUUCUACAGCAUAUCAAAACAUUAUAGACAAUGCCAAUAACGAAUAUUUUGCAUUGUUAGCUCAAAAAACGUUGAGAUUUAUUAGAGCCCCUGAUGAAAACGUAUAUGUCCCCCCCUUGAACUUGGUUGAAUUAUCUUUGUUCCCUAUAUCCUAUUGUUUGUGCCGUUUCAAAAUCCGUAAGUGGAAAACUUUACACAACUGGGUCAUGACUUUUUUAUAUUUCCCAUUUCUAUGUUACAUUUCAGUAAAAGAGGUUGGUGAAGCCAAAAGGAUAUCCUAUAAUAGGAUAAAACGUUUGCCUGACGACUCCAAUGAAAUAGACACUCCUUGGAAUUUAACCGAUGGGUAUAGCGAUGAAAAUGAUGAUCUGUUCAAUCCAGACGUUAUUGGAAGUAUUAGGGCAAAUAGGUGUAAGAAUAAAACCGCUUUAAAAUUACAGAAAGAGGCAGAAAAUGAGGAUCCAUUUUUUAAUGUCACCAAUAACUGGCAUGUUAAUGUUAAAAAAUCUGUUCAACCGUAUGAUAAAGGUUCCAUUAGCGGGAUUGGAUGGGAAAAUUAUGCACUUUAUGAAAGGUUUAAGGACUUUAAGAAAAACUGA